AUGGACGGCACCACCGCACUGCUCCGAGCUGAUCAGCUGCCCGCCCGAGUAUGGCGGGAGGCCGGCCGCUCCUGGGUCCAUGAGCGGAACCUGCCCGACAGGGGGUGGCGUGAAAGCGUCGACGAGCAGGUCAAACUGGUCCGAGUCAAAAGACGGCGAAGGCCCCAAGUCGAAACCCGGCGUGGCCGCCUCUUGUGCUUCACCUCGGAGGUUGGCUUCUCUCAAGGGGCUUUCGAGCUCCUCUAUGGCCGCGAGGCUAACCUGUCAGCUCGUGCUCUGCCCCACCCCCAGACGAUGGCUGCUCCUGUCCAGGUCCCAUGCCGGGUCACUGCUGGGUGUCCGAGGUUGAACUCACUUUGGACUGGUAUUCGUGAUAAUCUCAAGGAGAAUAUGGAGGAAGCAGGAGCCCGGCAGCAAACCGGUAAACUAACAAACGUGGAACACAACUUGUAUGCUACGCCCAGUUAA